GGAACACCAAUUCCAUGAAUUAAGGAAACAAUACCCUACAUAUGAAGAUUUUAAACUUCUGAAGCAAAAGGGUAUAUUUCCAUACGAGUUUAUGAAAUCGAGUAAAUCUCUUGAAGCGUUAUCGUUGCCUGAAAAAUCUGAUUUUAACAGUGUCUUAACAGAUAGCAGUAUAACAGAUGAGGAUUAUCAACAUGCGCAAAACGUAUGGACCCAUUUCAAUUGUAAAACGAUGUUAGAUUAUUCUAACUUGUAUUUAAAAACAGACGUUCUCCUAUUAACCGAUGUCUUUGAAAAUUUUCGCUCAGUGUGUCUUGAUACAUACAGCUUAGAUCCAGCUCAUUAUUUUACAGCUCCUGGUCUCAGUUGGGAUGCUAUGUUUAAAAUGACUGGAAUUCAACUUGAACUCUUUACAGAUUUUGAUAAAAUUGCGUUUGUUAAAAAAGGGCUUCGAGGUGGUAUAUCACAGUGUAGUAAUCGCUAUGCUAAGUCAAAUAAUUACUAUAUGUCAGAGUUUGAUCCAAAUGAACCGUCAUCUUAUCUUAUCUACCUCGAUGCUAAUAACUUGUAUGGUUGGGCGAUGUCACAACGUCUUCCUGUUGGUGAAUUUGAAUGGGUUGACCCAACUACGGACUUUAAACUUUCAAACGAUGCUGAUUAUGGGUACAUUUUAGAAGUCGAUUUGGAAUACCCAGAUUCAUUGCAUGAUUCUCACUCAGAUCUACCAUUUUGUGCUGAACAUAUAAUAGAUGAAAGUAAACAAAAAAAAUUGAUUCCAAAUUUGAAAAACAAAAUAAAAUACGUUAUACACUAUAGGAAUCUUAUACAAUGUUUAGACAACGGAUUAAUUUUAACAAAAGUCCAUAGAAUCUUAAAAUUUAAACAAACUAACUGGCUCAAAAAGUAUAUUGAUUUGAACACUACGUUAAGGAUAUCUGCAGUAACCGAUUUCGAAAAAGACUUCUAUAAACUAAUGAAUAAUGCAGUUUUUGGAAAAACCAUGGAAAAUAUUGAGAAAAGAGUGGAUGUGUAUUUACUAUCACAGUGGAAAAGUCAAGAUCACAAAAAAGGACUUGAAAGUUAUAUCGCUCGUCCUGAAUUCCAUAGUAUUUCUAUUUUUACCGAAAGCUUAGCUGCAGUACAGUUAAAAAAAACUAGACUAGUAUACAACAAGCCUAUAUACUUAGGAUUUUGUAUAUUAGACUUAUCAAAAACAUUAAUGUAUGACUUUCAUUAUGGAUAUAUGCAACAAAAAUUCAGGAAUAAUGUUAAGUUGUUAUACACAGAUACUGACAGUUUUAUUUAUCAAAUUUUUACAGAAGAUUUCUACUCUGAUAUAAAAAACGACUUGAAAAAACAUUUCGAUACAUCUGACUAUGCUCCCAAUAAUAUAUACGGUUUUCCAUGUAUAAAUAAAAAAAAAUUAGGAUAUUUCAAAGACGAAAAUAAAGGUAAAAUUUUAAAAGAAUUUGUAGGUUUAAGAUCUAAAAUGUAUGCGUUGAAUAUCGAGGAAAAAAUAGUGGCUAAGGCUAAAGGUGUGAAUAAAUGUGUCACUACGAAAUUUCAGUUGGAAGACUACAAAAAUUGUCUAGAUAAAAAGAAAAAUUUAUUAACAGUAAUGUACAGAUUUCGAUCUAUAAAACAUGUAAUUUUUACACAGAAAAUCAAUAAAAUUUCGUUAUCUUAUUCUGACACGAAAAGAUAUCUUUGUCAAGAAUCAUUUGACACCUUAGCUUGGGGUCACUAUAAGUUAAAGUAGUGAAAUAAAUAUUAAGCUGAACGAUCAUAAAAGUUAUUGGAUCGAUUGUGCAUUUGUCAUUUAAUUGUAAAAGUAAUAUUAAUUAAAUUUGCUCUUGUUCGUUAGUU